UUCUCUCCCGCCACGCUCCCCGGUCCCCAGACUCCAUUUACAGGCCGGUGGCUUGCAGUGGAACCUCCCCGUCCCCACCCCACACCUGUCUCGGAGAGCGCGCGCCCCCUUACGCCCCGGGAACCAAUCAGCAGCCGCCUUAGGUGACCAUGUCUGAGUCUGGGCACAGUCAGCCUGGGCUCUAUGGGAUAGACAGGCGGCGGCGGUGGAAGGAGCCAGGCCCUGGCGGCCCCCAGAAUCUCUCCGGGCCUGGUGGUCGGGAGAGGGACUACACUGCACCUUGGGACAGAGAGAGACGGGAUGGCAGCGAAGAGACAAGCACAGCGGUCAUGCAGAAAACCCCCAUCAUCCUCUCAAAACCUCCAGCAGAGCGGUCAAAGCAGCCACCGACUCCAACGACCCCUGCCGCCCCGCCUGCCCCAGCCCCUCUUGAGAAGCCCAUUGUCCUCAUGAAGCCACGGGAGGAGGGGAAAGGGCCUGCGGCCACAGCGAGUGCCUCCACCCCGGAGGGCACUGCCCCACCACCCCCGGCAGCCCCUGCACCACCCAAGGGGGAGAAGGAGGGGCAGAGACCCACACAGCCUGUGUACCAGAUCCAGAACCGGGGCAUGGGGACUGCCGCGCCGGCAGCCAUGGACCCUGUCGUGGGCCAGGCCAAACUGCUGCCCCCAGAGCGCAUGAAGCACAGCAUCAAGUUGGUGGAUGACCAGAUGAAUUGGUGCGACAGUGCCAUUGAGUACCUGUUGGAUCAGACUGAUGUCUUGGUCGUUGGUGUCCUGGGCCUCCAGGGGACAGGCAAGUCCAUGGUUAUGUCGUUGUUGUCAGCCAACACUCCUGAGGAGGACCAGAGGGCCUAUGUCUUCCGGGCCCAGAGCGCCGAAAUGAAGGAACGAGGGGGCAACCAGACCAGUGGCAUUGACUUCUUUAUUACCCAGGAGCGGAUCGUUUUCCUGGACACGCAGCCCAUCCUGAGCCCCUCCAUCUUGGACCACCUCAUCAACAACGACCGCAAGCUGCCUCCAGAGUACAGCCUGCCCCACACCUACGUGGAGAUGCAGUCACUGCAGAUCGCUGCCUUCCUCUUCACGGUCUGCCAUGUGGUGAUUGUCAUCCAGGACUGGUUCACGGACCUCAGUCUGUACAGGUUCCUCCAGACAGCGGAGAUGGUGAAGCCCUCCACCCCGUCCCCCAGCCAUGAGUCCAGCAGCUCGUCAGGCUCCGAUGAAGGCACUGAGUACUACCCCCACCUGGUCUUCCUGCAGAACAAAGCUCGCCGGGAGGACUUCUGCCCUCGGAAGCUGCGGCAGAUGCACCUGAUGAUUGACCAGCUCAUGGCCCACUCCCACCUGCGGUACAAGGGUACGCUGUCCAUGUUACAGUGCAACGUCUUCCCUGGGCUCCCACCCGACUUCCUGGACUCCGAGGUCAAUCUGUUCCUGAUGCCCUUCAUGGACAGCGAGGCAGAGAGUGAAACCCCCCCAAGAGCAGGACCCAGUUCCAGCCCACUCUUCUCCCUGCUCCCUGGGUACCGGGGCCACCCCAGCUUCCAGUCCUUGGUGAGCAAGCUCCGGAGCCAAGUGAUGUCCAUGGCCCGGCCGCAGCUGUCACACACGAUCCUCACCGAGAAGAACUGGUUCCACUACGCCGCCCGGAUCUGGGACGGGGUGAAAAAGUCCUCCGCCCUGGCAGAGUACAGCCGCCUGCUGGCCUGAGGCCAAGGGGAGGAAUGUCUCGCAGAGAACCCCCUUCCGGGCCCCCAGUGGAUGGCGAGGGGCACCCACGUCCUCUCCCCGCGGGGCGGAGAGUGGCAGCAGGCCUGAUGGACAAGGGACCGUGACUUCCUCACCCGGAGACAUGAGGUGUCCAGGGCCGGUCCCCCAUCCUCAAGGGAGCGUUGUUCAGGGGGUGACUUUGAGAUCCCGCCCCCUGCCUGGACGAGGUAGCCCAUCAUCAGCCCCCACAGGGACAGGUGGUGGGAGGAGCCUGAGUGGUCACCAGGAAGCCCAGGCUCCAUGUUGGCCUCCCUCUGCAGGGAAGGAGCAGCAGGUCCCUCUGCCCUGACUCCAGGCCCCUGCCUGGAAGGUGAGGCAGGGUCUGGGAGCUCUUUAUUGGGGCAGAUCCGGUGGCUGGAAUAAAAACAGUCAUGCAAGCCUG